AUGAAUUUUCUGGCGCACCAGACGCGUUCUUCGAUUCUGCCCUUGACGGCCACGGUCGACCCUCAAGUGCGCAUCACCAUGACCAAAUACAUUCUCGUCUCUGGAGGCGUAGUCAGUGGGAUAGGCAAGGGCGUCAUCGCCUCUUCGACCGGCCUGCUCCUGAAGAUGACUGGCCUCAAGGUCACGUCUAUCAAGAUCGAUCCGUAUAUGAAUGUGGAUGCUGGUACAAUGCGCCCUCAGGAGCAUGGCGAAGUGUACGUGUUGAACGAUGGCGGCGAGGUCGACCUUGAUCUCGGAAACUAUGAACGCUAUCUGAAUGUAACACUGUCUCGUGACAACAACCUUACUACCGGUAAGAUCUAUCAGCAUGUUAUUGAACGCGAGCGCCGGGGUGACUAUCUGGGAAAGACGGUCCAAAUCAUCCCUCAUAUCACGAACGCUAUCCAAGACUGGAUAGAACGUGUAUCCAAGAUACCCGUCGACGAAACUGGCGAGGAGCCUGACGUCUGCAUUGUCGAGCUCGGGGGUACGGUUGGCGACAUCGAGUCUGCGCCCUUCAUCGAGGCCAUGCGCCAGUUUCAGUUCCGCGUCGGGCAUGAAAACUUCGCGCUCAUACACGUCUCGCUGGUGCCGGACAUGCACGGCGAGCAGAAGACGAAGCCGACUCAGACAACUGUCAAUGUCCUGCGCGGUCUCGGUCUUCUUCCUGACCUUAUCGCGUGUCGCCUCAUUAUACCUCAACCGCUUGAGGAGGCGACAAAAUCCAAAAUCUCCAUGUUCUGCCACGUUCGCCCCGAGCAGGUUCUCGGCGUUCACGACGUUGCAUCCGUGUACCACGUCCCACUACUGCUACAUUCUCAGGGCAUCGUUGGAUUCCUCCAACAACGCCUGCAGCUAGCGAGCAUUGCGCUUACACCGGCGAUGAAGGAGCGAGGCUCAGAUCUCGAGAAGCGGUGGCGGGCCAUGACCGGCGGCUCGGAGCGCGUUUUCGAUAGCGCGUCCAUAGUGCUGGUCGGAAAGUACACGGACCUGAAGGACUCGUACAUGUCCGUGACCAAGGCUCUCGAGCACUCCGCCUUCCGGUGCCACCGUAAACUCAAGCUUCAGUGGGUGGAGUCCUCCGACCUCGAGCCACGUAUGCAAACCGCGGAGCCUGCGAAGUACCAUGAGGCCUGGAAGACAAUCGUCUCUGCAGGCGGUAUACUCGUACCGGGCGGCUUCGGGGAACGCGGUACUGAGGGUAUGAUUCUCGCCAUCAAAUGGGCUCGCGAGCAGCGCAUUCCCUUCCUCGGUAUCUGUCUCGGCUUCCAGCUCGCUGUCGUAGAGUGGGCUCGCAACGUGAUGGGCAUCUCAGGUGCCAUCUCAGGAGAGUUCAAGGAAGACGCGGCGGACCCGGUUGUCGUUUUCAUGCCAGAGGUGUCUAGGACGCACAUGGGCGGGACCAUGAGGUUAGGGUUAAGGCCGACGGUAUUCCAGGAAGGGACCGAGAGCUGGAGUAAGGUUCGGAAGUUGUACGGUGGCGCGGGGACCGUUUGGGAAAGGCACCGUCAUCGUUACGAGAUUAACCCUGCGUAUGUUGAGAGGCUCGAGGAGAGCGGAAUGUCGUUCAUUGGGCGCGAUGAGAAGGGCGAGCGUAUGCAGAUUAUGGAGCUCAAAGACCACCCCUACUUCGUCGGACUUCAAGCUCAUCCUGAAUUCUGCACCCGUCCGCUCAACCCCAGCCCACCGUUCCUUGGCUUUGUUGCGGCAGCAGCCGGGGCCAGCCUUCUUCGCGAAGUUUCCGAAGCGCAAGCUCAGACGUUCGUGCCCCCUCAUCCUAAAGAGUCGAUGAUCGGCGAGCAGGCGCUCGUUGCGACCACCAAGGAGGUCUUGCUAACAGAAGGCAAAGAACGUGUCCUUCGUGGAGGGGACUCGCCGGCGUAA